AUGUCUAAAUCUAAACGUGAUUUAACAGCUAAAUUCUUUCAUCCACCACAUCGGACAGUCUCGUGUCAUAAUGGUCUUUUAGACACUCGUACGAAACAUAUCGUUGCUCGAGAUCGUUUAGCAGUUGCUCACCAGCGCGCUGUUGAAUCAGAACGACGAAAGUCGGCCAGUAAUCUUCAGUUUUUAGCAUUCGAACAAAAACAAUUCGAAAAGAAGCUCUCCUCGCGUUUCGGCUCGGAUCAAUUCUUACCAUCGCGACACCGUUCGAUCAGUGAUGCAUCUGACCGGCGAAGGCCAUCUUGGCAUGCUGUAUCCGAAACAAAACUUAGCGAGAGUUUGAAUGCAAGCAACACGAAUGUCUUAGCUGCACCGAAAUCCGUCGAAUAUGGAACAAGAUUUUCUCUUGGUUCGGAUGAUGAUCCAUUGGAAAAUCCAAUUUCGUUCCAGGACGAAGAACAACGGGAUAAUUUGACGGUUAAGACGAAGAAAAAUGUACAAACUCCGUCGGUUGCCGUCAUCCCACCUGAUGACGACGUUUGA